UCACGACAUCUGAAACUAUACACACCUGGACUUGCUGAAAGACUGGGUGAUACCUUCACUCUACACAGCUCUCCAAUCCAACAUAUCUAAUUAAAUUAUCGACCUUGUUGUAUUUGAAGUGCUAGGAAGCAAAAUGCCUGGUCCUGGAGGCGGUCCACCGCGCAGAAGCCACACCAAAUCUCGAAAUGGCUGCAAGACCUGCAAGCGCAGGCAUAUACGAUGUGACGAGACAUUCCCUCAAUGCCGGAACUGCACCAAGCAUAACUGCAGGUGUGACUAUAUGGACUUGCAGGCCGCCCGAGAGGAAGCUCCACGCAGCUCGGAUGUUCCUAAUUUGAUGAUGACAUCUGAUAUCGAGGCGGAGAUUGAGAGCUGGCAGCUCACUGGCCUUCCUCCCUUUCCUGAGUUGUCUCAAGGCGCUCGAAAUGACUGGUUUCGAUUCUCAAAAACCGACCUUAGGCUAAUUCAUCACAUCGCUGGUCUUUCAAUCGACUUCCAUCGUCGAGGCCUAAGCGAGGCUACUGUUUGGGCGCUUAAGAUGCCAUGUCUUCUUGCAAUUGCCGUGUCAAGUGACUUUGUUAUGAAUUCAGUCCUCGCAUUCUCCGCCUUACAUCUGGCAUAUUUGACAGGGAGCAAGGAGACGAAGAAUCUUUCAUAUCAUUAUCGUGGAAUUGCCUUUAAAGGAUUGCAGAAUGCUAUCGGGACAUUUUCUAAGAAAAACUGCGAUGCAAUACUGGCUGCCUCUCUCCUUCUGUCUUGGCAAGCUACAGAUUGGGCGUCCUUGGCAUAUUUGCAGAAGGGAAUAUCAUCGGUCCUAGACUCCAUGCAUCCAUAUUGGAAGCAGAGAUCAGAAAUCGCACAGUUUCUAGAGAGCCAAAGGGCUCUCCGUUCCGUGAACACGACUCUUAACCCUGCAUAUCUCGCUGGCACCACACAAUACCAAAGCGAAAACCUCGAACGCAUUGACGGCUGCAUUGCGGACCUGCAAAAUGUUCUAGAAAAUGUGCAACAGAUACCCGAAUACUCCGAGAGAAUAAACGAGCUGCUUAUGUUUGUGAAACAGCUGCGCAGCGACAUGCCAGUACAAUCUCCGGAAAAUGCUUUCGAGAGGCUCCACCCUCUGCGCACAUGGCUGUUCUGGUUACCGACAAAGAUGUUAAGAGGUGGGGAAGGUGACCUGGGGGCCUUAUCUAUCCUUGCCCAGUUUUAUUCCACCGCUCUCGCCCUUGAGCCAAUAUUCCCUGAGAUUGAAGGCUCAUAUCUGGGAUGCAUGGCGGUGACCCCUAUUGAGCAUAUCGACGCAAUUUUGACAUCUCGGAAAUCCUCGCUUCCGUACUUGCCCAUUGUACAACUAGCAGUUAGUCUUAUGAGCUUUCCUCGGACUGUUAUCACUGACUACAAGAGCUGCAUUCAAUGGUCACACCACCAGAUGCCGCGAAUGGGUCACUUCGAAGCAACGCCUCCAAGCCCUUAUCAUCAUUUUCCUGACAUGUCCUUCCCAUCUACCGCACCAUACACUCCACCAAUUCAUUCACCGCCAACGCUUGCAGUCCUCACACCGCCUUUCCACCCUCAACAUAUGUAUACUUCACGCCCCAACUUGUCAGCAGUCUAUGUAGGAUCUCCUCUUCCGUCAGAACCAGGGGAUGAAUGCCUGUCAGACUAUAGCCGAGGAACGCUUGAGCCUUCUCCGGCCUUUUCAUCGCCGUACAGUGACGAGAUUCAUCACCAGCUACCCUCAACCGAUACGUCUGGAGCUUUGAAUAUAGGCCUACUUCAGGAAUCGCCUAUUAUGUCAAUAGGAUCAGUUGCUCCUGAGCUUUGGACGUGACGAUGAAUGCGGUAUGAAUUGUACUUUUAUACGGAUAACGAAAAGAAAAAGGCCAAAGUCUCGCCUCGACAUGCGACGCUAUUUCGGGGUAAAUCAUCACAUCCGUCAAGCCAUGCGACUCCACUAUAGCGGGCCAGAUAAAUACGCGUCCAUUU